UAGCAUCGUUUUUAACAUAAACUUCACUUCUUUGAAACAUUUUUUGCGUCGUUGCAAAAACCAGUCUGUCGCUUCUCAACCGCGAAAAUAUCCAACGUAACGAGAUCUGCUGAUCUUGUAUUAAAAUAAAAGCUUGAGUUAUAUUGUUUAAUUUGAAGAAUUGUAAAGAAUGUCAAGCUCCAUAGUAGAACAAAGUUUACCAGAGCAUAUUCAAAAUCUUGAAAUUAAUGAUUUUAAAGAUGAAAUUGCAAUUAGAAAUGAAAAUGAAGUACAACAAUCAUUGACACAAGAUGAAGAAAAUAAUGAAAAUUACAGAAUUGAAAGAAAUGAUACAAGUGAUGAAGAUAGUUCUUUGAAAAAUAAGAAAAUACAAAGCUCUGGCGAUGAGUAUAAAAGUGAAGACGAAGACUCAGAGCCUGAUCGACUUCGGAAGCAUUUUGAUGAUGAAAAUACAGAACAUGCAAAAGAGAAAGAUGACUAUAUUUCAGUUGGCUCUAAUGAAGAUAUAUCUGAUGAAGAUGUAUCUGCAGAUAGUAGCAAUGAGGAUGAAGCAGAAGUAAAUGAAGCAUCAGAACAGGCAGCAGAUGACAUACCAGAGGAUGAAAAUGGAAAAGCAAGUUUUGUACCAAGACGCACAGGAUUUUGGGAUCACGAUGAUAGAUUUGCUGAUAUAAACAUAGAAGCCUCAAGGGAGCCAAGAUUUAAUCAAAAAAAGUUAUGGGACAAAAGUGAGGUUGAUCGAUGGCAACAUGAUAAAUUUGUAGAAUCUGAACAACGUCCUAAAGAGAAAUGGGAAAUUGAGCAAAAUGCUUAUGAUCCUGACGAAAGAAGAAAACAAAAUGGACCCAGAAAGAAAAGGCAGCUUAAGGAUUAUUUCAUCAACAACAAUCAAAACAAAAAUAAAGAUAGGGAUAAAAAUUAUAAAGAAAAUAAUGGAUAUACAGAAAAAAAUAAUAAAAAUUACAAUCAGUCAAAUAACAGAAGGCAACCAGACAAGGUAGAUGAAUGGAUAAACUCAAAUGAGCAUAGAGUUAGUCGUCCUUAUAAUAAUAAAAGCAGACAUAAAGAUCAGAGUUCAGAGUUUGAGAUUAAAGUAAAUCCAAACAGAACUCGACCACCUAAUACUCGUCGACCAUAUAACAAAAAGUUGAAGGAUGAAAAUAAAGAUUUAGCGCAUACAAGUAAUAGACAAGAAGAUUCUGAUAAAGUAGAUAAAAAAAAUUUUGUAAGAAAUGAAAACGUUGGCACAGUAAAAACCAACAACAACAUUAAAAAACAAGAUGGUAAAGAGUAUGAUCAUAGCAGUACUGAUGAAAACUUCCAGGCUUCUGAAAAAUCAAAAGAUUUUAUUAAUGGUAGUCGUCGCAGACGUAUUGAAGAACUACCACCUCGUCUGCAAGAAAAAGCUCGAGAAAAAGCAGAUCAAGAGCGUGACAAAAAGGUUAAGCAAAGUCAAAGUGAAGAAGAUGAAACUGAACAAAGCAAAGAAAACGUUACUGUCCCUUUGGAAGAUGUUAAUAGUCCUGAUGAUGGAGUGCCUCGAGAUAAACCAAAAAGAUACAGCUCUCAAAGGCAAAAAACUGGAACAUCAAUGAUGGAUAUACCAGCACAGAUCAAUGAAAUAAUGGAUCCUGCAACUCAUUAUCAACAUUUAGCCUACAUGCAGCAAGCUAUGUAUGCUUCCCAAUUGGGUGCUAUUCAUCAAAAUCAAGUCCAAAAUACAAAUAUACAAAUGCUAGAACAGCAAAUAAUCCAAAUGCAAGCACAACUUCAUCAACAACAGCAUCUCCAACAACUUCAGCAAAGACCUUCUACUAACGUUAGUGGAUCGCCGCUCAAUAUGUCUGUACCAAUUUCAAACGUGAUUUCUCCAAUGGUAGCUGGUACUAAUCACAGUGGGCUUUAUACUGGUGAUGGUUUGUAUGCAAUGAACCCCGUCUUAUUAUCUGGAGGCGAAGACAUUAUGGUGAACCCACAAAUAAAUCAAAUGUUGUUUUCACAAUAUAUGGCGAUGCAACAACAGCAUGCUGCGGCUGGAGGAUUAUUUGUUCCACCUACCUCAUCACCUCUGAUCAGUGAAACUGAAUCUCAUCGCACUUAUUAUAAACAGUAGUUUAAUGAUACGUCCGUGAGCAUAACCAUGCGUCCAUAAAAAUGUUUGCAAAUUUAUUGAUUGUCGUUUCGAAUCGAUUAUACGUUGAUUUAAUUACUAGGAUAUUUACGAUCUGCAGAUAGUCAAGAGUUUGUAAAAUUAUUACAUUAGAAUAUAAAAAAAAGAUUAUCUUUGGGCAUAAAAGUUAUCCAAUGAACUGAAAAUUGCAACUGAAAAUUUGUAAGUUAACUAGAUUAUUUAACGGAAUAGACAGUUUGUCAGUUGUCUAUAGUGUUUCACUGUAGUAUUUCACAGAAUAGAAAGUUUGUUAGUUUCAGGUAAUAUAUUGCUAUAUAUU